AUGACCCGCGAUCUGCGUGAUGUGAUCAACGCCCACGGGCCCGACCGAGAGGUGGACCGGAGCGCCGAGGCCAUCGUUACAUAUACAGAAGCACAACGAGUAGCUAUGUCGCAAUCUGAGAAGAAGUCUGCCCCCGGGGACAGAAAAGGAGCUCUCCAUGGCGACCGCAACGACAAGGGUCCAUCGCCUCUCGGGACAUCCAUUUUCAUCGCACUCCGCAUUCUCGACCCAGUACUACAGUAUGGAAUCCUUCUACCCGGCGCUGCAUCACUAGCGACGCCAGUCCUAGGCCUACUCGGUGGCACACCCUUACCACUCGAAGCCGCCCCAGUAGCACUGGGCCUCUCACCCUGGCGUUUGACCCUGCUAGGCAUGUCACUACUCGGCAGUCUGAAGGGCAUUUUCUACUUGACCUAUGUAUCCGAAGCCAGAAUGCCCAUUGCAACCGCUCUCCUGGUGGGAGUGUUCAAGGCCUUCUCGACAACCGUGAACUCGCUCAUGUUCUGCGCCGCCGCGACAUCAGCAACAAAGUCCUAUGUACCCGAUCAAAGCACCGGCUGGCAUCCAAUUCUCUCUGCCGCAUGUGCAAUCUUCACAUUGGGCAUUACCGUGGAGACUGUUUCGGAACUCCAGCGCAGAUCUUUCAAAAAGGACCCUAGUGGCAAGGGGAAGGGCAAGGUCUACACGGGCGGACUCUUCCGCAUUGCACGCCAUAUCAACUAUGGUGGGUAUACUAUCUGGAAAGCUGCUGCUGGGCUUGCGGCUUCCGGUUGGUGCUGGGGCGGACUUACGCUACUGUGGCUGUUGGCUGAAUUCCGGAGAAGAGGUAUCCCCGCGUUGGAUGCUUAUUGCGAGAAGAGGUAUGGACAAGACUGGGAUCAGUUCAAGCAAAGAACGAGAUGGAAGAUGAUUCCAUUCCUGUAUUAA